AUGCAGCUCGCUCCCGUCCUCGGCGCCCUCUUCUCCGACGCCUACUUCGGCUGCUACCCCGUCGUCGCGGCCGGCGUCGCCAUCUCUCUGCUGUCAUUUAUGGUUUUGACGCUGACGGCCACGCUCCCGUCGCUGCGCCCGCCGUCGUGCACGCCGCCGCAGUCAUCGUCAUGCCACCAGCAGCCACCGAGCGCCACCCAGGCCGCGGUGCUCUACGCGGCGGCGUGCCGGCCUCCUGGCGGUCGGCAAUGGCGGGACGCGGUACAACACGGCGACGCUGGGCGCGGACCAGUUCGCCGACGGCGACGGCGGCACGGGCGGGACGCCUUCUUCAGCUGGUACUUCGUGUUCCUGUACGCGUCCUACUUGGCCGGCGACACGGCGCUGGUGUACGUGCAGGACAGCGUCAGCUGGGCCCUGGGCUUCGGCGCCUGCACCGCCACCACUGGGCUGGGCCUCCUCGCGCUGGUCGCCGGGUCCAGGUACUACAGGCGGCCCGUUCCGAGAGGGAGUCCGUUCACGGCCCUGGCUCGGGUGGUUGUCGCCGCUGCGAGGAAGGCAACGCUGGGCCUGGGCCCAACUUCUUCACUUGGUACAAGUACACUGCAGUAUUACCACCAUGACCAUGGAUCAUCAUCAUCAAGCCGUGAUGACCCUCCAAGUAACAGAUUCAAGUUCUUGAACCGAGCUGCCAUGAUCGCGGCAGGCGAUACAGACCACAAGCCAUGGCGGCUGUGCACGGUGGAGGAGGUGGAGGACCUCAAGUCGCUGCUCCGCGUGCUGCCGCUCUGGUCGUCGGGGAUCCUGGUGAGCAUGACGGUGAAUGCGCAGGCGCUCACCAGGGACCGCCGCGUCGGCGCGCGCUUCGCCGUCCCGGCGGCCUCCGUGACGGUCGCCGUGCUGGCGGCCUUCACCCCCUCCGCCGCGCUCUUCGACCGCCUCGUCGUCCCGGGAUGGGAGAGGCUAAUAACCGCCGGUGGGCGCGGCGGCAUUGGCCGCAAGCAGCGGCAGCUCACGAUCACCACCCCGCUGCGGCGCAUCGGGCUCGGGCACGCGCUCAACGUCGCCAGCAUGGCGGUCGCCGCGCUCGUGGAGCGGAGACGGAUCCGCGUGGCGCACGCCGGCGGCGCAGUGCCGGCUCAGCGGCGGCGGCGCUGCCGAUGUCGGCGCUGUGGCUGGUGGCGCAGACGGGCGCGGAGGAGGCGCUGCACCUGCCAGGGAACACGGCGCUCUUCUACCAGGAGUUCCCCGCGGCGCUGCGGAGCACGGCCACGGCGAUGCCGCCGCUGUUCAUCGCCGUGGGCUCGUACCCGAGCACGGCGUUCGUGGACGUCGUGCGGUGCGCCACGGGGUCUGCCCGACGACCUCAACCGGUCGCGGCUGGACGCCGUGUACUGGGCGCUGGCCUUGUUGGCGGCCCUCAACUUUGGCUACUUCUUGGCGGGCCGGCUCCUCGCGAAUCUGAUCGUCAUGGGCGGAACCGUGGUGGGUAGGGCCAUGCUCCAGGCCUACCGUCAGGCCAUCGUCAAUGCAAACAAAACUGGAGCUGCCCAAGAAGCUAUAAAUGGUAUUAGACGGGCUAGCAAGGCCAUGACUGAGCAAGAAGCCCGGCAAAUUCUCGGUAUCAGUGAACAAUCGACGUGGGAAGAGAUUGUCCAGAAGUAUGACACAAUGUUUGAGAGGAAUGCCAAGAACGGGAGCUUCUAUCUCCAGUCAAAGCCGUCGUGCUGCAGCUGCACGCUACAACCGCUGCUUCCCGCUGGCCUCGCCCCUGGUAGCAGCAUUCUCGAAGCUGCGCCCACAGCCACCACAGCGAGGCGCUUUCCCAGUCUCCCUUCCUUCGUCUCCCUUGACUCUGCUGCUCUCCUCUUCUUGCGCCCGUGGCCCCGUGGUCUGUACCUGCACGCGCCGCCGCCGCUCACCAGACCCUCACCUGCUUUAUCUGAUCAUUUUAUUAUAAUGUGGGGUGAGAGAACUCAUCACAAGCACUGGCAUCAAGGUCAUGAUUCCUCUGGGAAUUCCAAGGACAAAAACCAUGAUAAAAGGCAGCCAAAAUUUAUACCAGACAAUUAUAGCUCCGUCGAUGAGGUUACUACUGCACUGAGAGAAGCUGGUCUCGAAUCAUCAAAUCUAAUUCUUGGUAUUGAUUUCACCAAAAGCAAUGAGUGGUCAGGCAGGCAUUCCUUUAGAAGAAAAUCUCUGCAUGCCAUUAAUGGCACCCCAAAUCCAUAUGAGCAAGCUAUCUCUAUAAUCGGGCGAACACUGUCACCUUUUGAUGAUGAUAACUUAAUACCAUGUUUUGGAUUUGGUGAUGCUUCUACACAUGAUCACUCUGUCUUCAGCUUCUACCCGGAGAACCGACUCUGUCGUGGCUUUGAGGAGGUUCUUGCAAGGUAUCGGCAAAUCGUACCACAUUUGAACCUUUCAGGACCAACUUCUUUUGCACCUCUUAUUUAUGCAGCGAUUUCUGUUGUUGAAAAUAGUAAUUGGCAAUACCAUGUCCUCGUGAUCAUAGCUGAUGGACAGGUGACUGCUGCUAGUACAAAUACAAAUGAUGGAAGAUUAAGUCCACAGGAACAAGCAACUAUACAAGCAAUUGUUGAUGCUAGCCACUAUCCUCUUUCAAUAGUAAUGGUUGGGGUGGGUGAUGGACCAUGGGAUGCGAUGCAGCAUUUUGAUGACUGUAUCCCUGAAAGAGCUUUUGACAAUUUCCAGUUUGUGAACUUCACUGAUAUUAUGUCAACAAGUAAGGAUAUGUCAAAGAAGGAGGCUGCAUUUGCCCUUGCAGCUCUUAUGGAAAUACCUUCUCAGUAUAAAGCAACUCAAGGCCUCCGACCUCCAGAAAAGCACGCACAAAGGAUUGUCUCUCCUAGGAUUCUUCCUCCUCCAAAUAAAGUUCUUGAAAAUGAUAAUGCUGGAGCUUCACAUCCUCCUCAAACCGCAAGCUCGAAGUCAACUGGUAUUGGCAAAAGCACUGCCGACGAGCAGGUAUGUCCCAUAUGUUUAACCAAUCCAAAGGACAUGGCUUUUCAGUGUGGUCACCUGGAUGCCUACCUGUUUAACCGGGCUCUGCGAUCCCUGUCCAAUUUCCAGAAAGAGGAACUACUGUCCUUCAAACUUCACCAGCCUCAGUGUCGAACACUGUAA